AUGAAAUCUGUAGAUGUUUCGGUUAAAUCCACUGCUGAACCAUUGCUUUCACCGAAUUUGGCUGGAUUUGUGUGUGGUGGCAUUUCUGGAACAGUUUCUCGAACAGUUACAGCACCUAUGGAUCGUUUAAAAGUCCUCAGGCAAAUGGAAAUUCCAGAAAUCGUAGGUAAAAACAUGGUUUCAAGCUUGCGUAUAAUGAUCAAAGAAGGUGGCAUUCUGUCAUUAUGGCGAGGUAAUGGGGUGAAUAUUUUAAAAAACUGUCCUGAAAGUGCUAUUCGCUUUGGUCUUCACGGGUGGCUUAAGUCAGUAAUUUUUCCUAAUGUGAAAGGACCACUACCUCCAGAAGAUCGUUUGUUGGUAGCUAGUUUGUCUGGUGCCACAUCGUUAACAAUAACUUAUCCAGUUGAGAUUUUAAAAACUCGAAUGGCUCUGCGUAGGUCACAUGAAGCCAAUUCCAUAUUUUCUGUAAUCCGAAAACUACAUAAUGAGGGUGGUUUCCGAGGAUUUUAUCGAGGCUACAAAAUCAGUAUGCUGAGUUACGUGCCAUAUUCUGGAAUGGAGUUAUGCCUUUAUGAGAUGCUUAAACAGCGUUAUGUAGAGUAUCAUUAUUUCCUCCAGCCUAACACAGAUCGUACAAUGAAGGUUCAUAUGCCAGCUAUGGUAACUGUUCCAUUGAUUUUAAUAUCUUGUUGUAUUCCAAUGAUGAUUACUUAUCCAGCCAAUUUACUUCGUACUCGAUAUCAAGCAUCACCAUCUCCGUCUGCUGCUCCUAUUAUCAAAUCUUUGUGUUCUAUUGUACAGAAGAAUGGGUUUAAAGGACUUUAUCGUGGGUUAAGUGCUAGUUUGUCAAAAACUGUUCCAUCUGUUUGUGUUACUUAUCUUGUUUUCGAAUUUACCUCUGAAUUGUUUGGUGUUCCUGGACUUGGUUGUAAGUAA